AUGCCCGGCAAUUCCGUGAUCCGUUCCACCUUUAUCGGCGAGGCGUAUCCACCAUAUACUCUGCCUCUUGCAAGCCUUACACCUAUUCGCCUCCGCGACCUCACCCUCGAGACGCAGCAUCGCGGGCGCGUUCUCAUCGUUAGAGCUUUUGGCAAACCCAAUGUUUAUACGUCUAUCAUAAACGCCGUCGAGGACGAAUUCGGCGACGUGGACCGGCUCGCCAUCUACAAUCUGCUCUCAACUGUUGCACCAGAUGACGUCCUCCCCCAAGGCGCGAUUGCGGCCAUCAAGGAGCCGUACUACAAGCGCACCGCUGAUGGAGACUUGUUUGUGCGCGUGGACCACCCGUCUGACUUCGUGCUGCUGAAACUGGAGAGCCAGCUCGUUCCCCCGGAACUAGCCCCACGGGUAACCGAGCUAGAUCUGUCAGCGCUAAAACUGAAAGAGCGCGGCAAUGCGGAAUUUAAAAGAGGCAAUUGGCAAAAGGCCGACGAGUUAUACUCUAACGCCCUGGCAGCCGCCGAUCUUGUCGCCGCCGAUGACGACGAUCUUGUUCGAGCUUUACAUCGAAACCGUGCCGCAACUCGCCUGCGUUUGGGUCGUUACGAACUGACUAUUGUGGAUGCUUUGGCUAGUAUUGUGGUGGCUAGGGCAGAGACGAGUUCCGAGGCGGUAAAAGAUUUUAACAUAAAGGCCCUCUAUCGAGCAGGCAGAGCGACGUAUAAGAUGGGAAGCUUUUUCAAGGCGAAGAACCACUUUAAGGCGGCACUUAAGAUUGAUACACAGCGUAAGGAGGUUAAGGUAGACCUUUGCCUAACUAAGAGACGCCUUGCGGAACAGGAGAACGGAGACUAUGACUUUUCUGCUAUAGCCGCUGUAGUCAACAAGCUGCUCUGGAACCCUACGCUUGCCAAUCGGUAUCUUAACCUACACGACAGUAGCACGUUUGGCAAUAGCAAGAAAAUCACAAUCGUCGAUAGCAAGGUUGCGCUGGACACAUUCCGCGUGGAGUCUAUCGCCGAGCUUAAUAGAUUCGGCUGCCCAAGGGUGAAAUCUGGUGACAAUGAGGGGACCACCGAGGGAGAGGAGACUAGCACGGGUAUCUGGUUGCAAGCAUCCUACGCAAACCACUUGUGUAUCCUAAAUGUGUCGCGCGCUUUUAUCGGCGAUAUUAUAGUCGUCCGCGCUCUGCAAAAUGUUUAG